ACCCGCCCCCCCCCCCACCCCCCGUGGUCUCGCUCGAGGGGAAUGAGGAAGAACGUUCAAUGGCUGAGGCGAAAGCGUUUGUAGCAGCAGCAGCAACAGCAACAACAGUGGCAGUGCUGCUUCAUCAUCGUCCUAAUCACCACUCCUCCUGCUUCUUCUUCCCCGCAUGAGUAGCUGGUGAGACGGCGUUACUGGCAAUCGGUUAUCGCCUCAGAUGGUAACCCGCGCGCUCCGCUAACUUUUUGCGUGUGUGGGUUUAAAAAUAAAUACAUAUUUUUUUGUUUUUUAUUUUUUAUUUAAAGAAAGCAGAGAGUGUCGAUUCCUGCAGUCACGAAAGGCGCGGAGUGCGGCGAUCGUCAUGUCGGACGGCGCGGCGGAGAGUCCCUCGGGGCUUCAGCGCAAGAAGCCCGCGGGGCUGACGAUCAACAUCCCUCCUCGCGUGGACGACGUCACCGACUCGACGGUGAGCGAGGCGCCGCUGCAGGCAUCGUCGGAGCUGUACCACCGGAGCGUGAGCGUACCGGCCGGCCCGGGAGGACCCUUAUCCCCGCCGGAGCCAUCGCGGCCACGCCAUGGCCCCUUCCAGAGACAGACCUCCCUGGCUCAGUCCAUCCGAAGGGGGACGGCCGUGUGGUUCGGGGUGGACAAGGAGGGCGGCGCUGUAUCGCGACAGCAGCGGUGGCACCAGCGGAGCCUCCGGCACUGCAGCCAGCGCUACGGACGCCUCAAGCCGGAGGUGCUGCGCGACCUGGAGCAGCCGAGCGGCAGCGAGCUGGGCUCCUUCGGCGGCAUGGAAGUGCCCGCGCAGCAAAUUCAGCGCAUGCACAGGGUGGUGGACCCCCUGGCGCGAGGCCGCCAGUUCCGAGCACCGGACGCGGAGUCGGAGGGCCUGCACGUUCCGUUCACCCCGCGCACCCCGCUCUCGCCCCGCACGCCGGGCGGAAUUUCCCACGCCUCCUUCACCAGCUCGCGCUCCGCCAUUGGCCGCAUGCCCACGCGGCGUAAGCGCGAGUCCGUCGCCAAGAUGAGCUUCAGGGCGGCUGCGCUGCUAGUGCGGGGCCGCUCGCUGAGGGAUGCCAACCUCCUGCGGCCCCAGCUUGGCCGCCAGAGCUUCCCCAAGGCGAGCUUUGCCGAAGACGACACGGCCGACGAGGACCCAGACACCUCCUUCUUCAGCAAGUACGGCGGGUUGUACGAGGACGGCACCCUGCCGGACGAGGUGUUCGAGUCCCCGCCCGACUCCGCCGUUCCCCAGGGGGCGCCCGCGGGUGCCCUCCCCAGCGCAGACGCGGCCAAGCAGGCGGUCAAACCGCCCGUCCUCCCCAUGGCUGUGGGCUGGCGCAAGGAAACCACGGGCGGCAAAAGUUUUACAAAACUUGGCGUCGGCGACCCUGCUCACCGCUUGCAGCAAGAUGUUGUACCCGGCCUCGCUUUCCAGGCGAAACGCGGCCACAAGCUCGACCCGAAGCUGCGCCGCCUGGUGCAGCGCAGCGCCAAGCGCAAGUACGGCCUGGGCGUCGUGGGCAAGUGGCUCAACCGCAAGUACCGCACCCGGCGGCUCGACAGCUACGUGCAGCGCCAGAUCGACGACAUGGUCGACCACCGGCCGUACUUCACCUACUGGCUGACGUCCGUGCACGUGCUCAUCACCCUGCUCUCCGUGUGUACCUACGGCAUCGCCCCCAUCGGCUUCGCGCAGCACGAGGACCAGGAGAGCGUGCUGAGGAACAAGGGCGUGUACGAGAUCGUCAAGUACGUGCAGCAGGAGAACUUCUGGAUCGGCCCCAGCUCGGACGAUCUCAUCCACCUGGGCGCCAAGUUCUCACCGUGCAUGCGCAAGGACGGGCAGGUGAGCGCGCGCAUCGCCCAGGAGCGCGGCCGCGAGAACGGCACCGGCUGCUGCGUCCGGAACGACGGCUCGGGCUGCGUGCAGAUGGUGCGCGAAGACUGCUCGGAGACGCUUGCCACGUGGAUCAAGUGGCCCAGAUAUAACCCUCCGGCGUUGCAGGGCAGCCCCCGCACGUCCGGCGCCGUGUGUGGACAACAACCAGAACUGUGUGAGGAACCAGCCUCGACUCCACCACACGAAUGGCCUGAUGACAUUACCAAGUGGCCUAUCUGCACUAAGAAGUCGGGCGCAAACAGGACGAGCGUCACGCACAUGGACUGCACGGUGACCGGCCACCCGUGCUGCAUCGGAACCAAAGGCAGCUGUGAGAUCACGUCGCGCGAGUACUGCGUUUUCAUGCAUGGCCAUUUCCACGAGUCGGCGACACUCUGCUCCCAGGUGCACUGCAUGGAUGAUGUGUGUGGACUCCUGCCCUUCCUCAACCCCGAGGUCCCAGACCAGUUCUACAGGCUCUGGCUUUCGCUCUUCCUGCACGCCGGGGUGCUGCACUGUUUGGUGUCGGUGGUCUUCCAGAUGACGGUGAUGCGAGACCUGGAGAAGCUGGGCGGCUGGGCUCGCAUCGCCAUCAUCUACCUGCUCAGCGGCAUCACCGGCAACCUCGCCUCUGCCGUCUUCGUGCCGUACCGAGCCGAGGUGGGCCCAGCCGGCGCCCAGUUCGGCCUGCUGGCGUGCCUCUUCGUGGAGCUGCUGCAGAGUUGGCAGCUGCUGGCGAGCCCCGGCUGGGCGCUGACGAAACUCCUCGCCAUCCUCGUCAUGCUGCUGGCAUUCGGCCUGCUGCCGUGGAUCGACAACUUCGCGCAGAUGUCGGGCUUCGUGGCGGGUCUGCUGCUGUCCUUCACCUUCCUGCCGUACAUCGCGUUCGGGCGCGCCGACCGAUACCGCAAGCGCGUGCAGAUCAUCGGCUCGGCGCUCGCCUUCGCCGGCCUCUUCGCAGGCCUGAUCCUCGCCUUCUACAUCUACCCCAUGAACUGCACCUGGUGCGAGUAUCUCACCUGCAUCCCCUUCACCGACGAGUUCUGCGAGAAGUACGAACUAGAGGGGCACAUCCACUAGGGCGGCCGGCAACGCCGCGGCCGUCGCGAGAACCUCUCCCGUUUUCGCCGGGGCGUGGGGAUGUCCCGAUUUUUCCCGUCGUCUUUGCGGCGCGGCGGAGAAGCGCGAACAGGCGGAGGGGGAAGAUGGUCCGCCAAGAGCCGGGGAGGGGGGGGAAGGGGAGGGUGGGUUGCUGCCGGCGACGGCCGACGAUGUCGUGCCGGUUUCUUGCCGUCACGGAGGCAGACGCGCCGAAUUUGUUUUCGUCGUACUCGCCCGUCACCGCUCCUAGAGUGGAGCUGCAACUCAAACUAAGAAACUGCCUUUUUGUUUUUACCAGUUAGGGCCCACCAUGUUUUGUAGCCCCUUUUUUUUCAGAAGGGACCUCGCCACGAAUUAUAGCUUAAGGAAGUGUUUUUUUUUCUCUCUCUUUUUCCCGUGGACAUUCUAUAGCAGCCAAAUACUCUCAAACGCGUUGAUGUUCGUUCUAAAUGUGGAAGGAAAAACUGGAGGACCCUCAGGAAAUCCACGCGAC